CUCCGCAUCCCAUCCGGACAAAGUUUAGUGACGGACCGACCACUUCCGGUGUGGUUGUCAACAAGAGAGGACCACGCGCGUUUUCAGCUAAAAUGCCGAAGGUUCAAAAAGGAAAAGCGACGGAGAAAGUUGUUCAUCCGUUCAGCAGGAAAGCUGCUUAUCUCGCCCGAGAGGAGAUCAGACUGAAGAAGAAAGAGAGGCAGAAGAAUGACAAAGCAACUCGUCUGAGCGGCAUCGGUGAGAAGCUGUUGUGGUUUCAGGAACAGUUGGAUCCAGAAAAGACGGCUUACACCAGAAAAGAUGCCUGUGACAUUAUUGAGAGGUACCUCCAAAGGUUUGAUUGUGAACUCGAGCAGAUUGAGCUGAUGAACGGGAUCAAAGGUCGACAGGGUCGUCUCCAUGGCGCCAGAGAGGCUGUCAUCAAACAGACCAUCGAGCGGGAGCGAGCGCAAUAUGAGGGCGGCGGAUUCGAGAUCCCCGACAUCAUCAAUGGAAAACAUCUGAAAACAUUCAAAGAGUGGACCGGGGAUCUGAAGAAACUUCCCAAUAUUAAACUGCGAAAGGUGUCUAACAAAGGUUUGGACACCAAGAAUGAAGAAGAGGAGAAACACGACGCAGAGGAUGAUAUUGAGGAUGAUGAUGAUGAUGAAGAUGACUUUAAUGAGGAGCAGCUGGAUGACACGGCGCUGAUGUCAAACUGAGGCUCCGGUCGUCCAUUCAGGACUGAAAAGACUUUUAUAGAAAAAGUGUGUUUGUGUGUAAAAAUGCUGCGUCUCCCUGUUUGUCCACAUGAUGGCGCCAAACUCUCAGAGAUGGAAAACUAAAGAUUUAUCAGCCCUUAUUUAAAGUCUUCUUGUUGCUCAGUAACAUCACACAGACCUUUGAGGGAUUCUACAUUCAUUGUUUAUUGCACAAACAAACAUCCAUCGUGUAACCUGAAUAUUCAACUUUAACCAACCGGAUAGGAAAGAAAAAAGGUUUCUGACAUUGAUGUUGGGUGUUCUCAUGUUGUUGGUGGAUAUAAGACAGAGAAAAUAAACUUUGCCUGUGAUGUGACAGUGACGAUGGUAAAAAUUAAAACCUGUAGAAAAGUUGACAAGUGUAAACAACAGUCACCUUGUUGACUGGUCACUCGCACUGUGUGUAAAGUCUAACGGAUGACGACCAUGAAAGCUUUAGUUACAUCAAUGUAUAAAUACCGGGGACCUCGCGGAGCGGGACCACAUAAAGCUGCAAACUGUCAAUAAACAACUGGGAUACUUGA